AUGUCGAACAAAACCUCGAUUAGCUCUGUUGUUUCGCGCAGCGCGGCGCUUCUGGCAGAGCAGGGCUGGGCCAGCGUUGAUCAUUGCUUGGCAGACGACUGGGCGGGUGCGCUUGCAUCAGAAUGCCAACUGCUGGAGGAAGCAGGCAUGUUACGUCCACACUGCUUCGAGUUUCAGGCAACAGCUGGAGAGCGCUGUGAGUACAGGCAUCCGGGGCGAAGCUUUGUGGACUUGGAUGGAGCUGAGGCAGUUGAGGAUCUUGCCUUGGCACCGAACCUUUCGAGCUUUGCACGCGAAGCUGCCGUACCGCUGGCGGAAGCAUUGGUGGAACAGCUGCCAUGGCUUGCGCUGGCAGGUAGCAUGGGCGAUGUGUCGCAGGUGCAAGUGAAGUUGCAGCUGACAAAGGGGCCUGCUGGAAGCGCACCCUGCCAUUAUGACACCUCGGAGACUGCGCCACGACGGCAAAUAACUUGGCUCCUGUAUCUCAGCACCGACUGGAAGCCAGAAUUUGGUGCAGAGCUGGUCAUACAACCCUUUUUGGGUUCCAGGGCGGCCGUCACACCUUGCUUCAACCACGGCGUUCUUUUCCUUUCUGAUCGUAUCUUGCAUUACUCCCUGCCGCCAAGCAGAGAGGGCCAGGCCCAUCAACGAUGGUUGCUGACCGUGUGGUUGGACGGUGAGCUGGUGAACGCACCGCGUGGUGAAGCAUGGCCUCCACUGCUGCAGCGCCUUCUUGCUCCGGCGGUCUACUCGAAGGAGUGUUCGAUGCCAGAUGGGCCGGCUCUGAGGGCUUUGCGGGCAGCGCAGGAGGAGGAGAUCCGGUCACUGCAGGAGGAUGAAGAGUUCGCUGAGAUGCUGCCAGACUUGAGGGAAGCUGCUCGCCAAACCCCAACAGAUUUGGGGAUGUGUGAAGCAGAACGGCCCAGAGAACUCAAGAGAAAGCGCAUGGAGGUCGACAACAAAACAGGUCCUUACGGAGAGCAGGGGCUUGAGACAGAUGAAGCACCGCCACCGUUGUCGAACUGA